AUGAAGCAUAAAGUGAUGUAUCAGGAGCUGAAGUUCUUGGCUGAGGAGCCUGCCAGCGGGCUGCGCCUGAAUAAGUUCGAGGCAUUGAAGGCUGCCGAGAAGAAAGCCCGCUGGGGCCUGGUGGUCCUCAUCCUGGCGCUUGUGGGUUUCAUCGCUAUGAUAAUUCAGCUCUUAUGGGGAUACGACAACUUUCAUCUCUUCGGAGGCAACCAGUCCCCAGCACCCAACCUUGACUGCGAAGCAGUGCUGGUGGAGAGCAUCCCUGAGGGCCUGGACUUCCCUGGGGCCUCCGUGAGCAACCCCUCCACCAGCCAGGCCUGGCUGGGCCUGCUCGCCCGAGCCAAUAGCAGCCUGGACAUCGCCUCCUUCUACUGGACCCUCACCAGCAAUGACACCCACAUUCAGGAGCCCUCUGCCCAGCAGGGUGAGGAGGUCCUCCGGCAGCUCCAGACCCUGGCAUCCCGAGGUGUGAAGGUUCGCAUUGCUGUGAGCAAGCCCAGCGCGGCCCAGCCUCAGGAGGACCUGCAGACCCUGCAGGAGCAUGGUGCCCAGGUCCGCACGGUGGAUAUGCAGAAGCUGACCCACGGCGUCCUGCACACCAAGUUCUGGGUGGUGGACCAGACCCACUUCUACCUUGGCAGUGCCAACAUGGACUGGCGCUCCCUCACCCAGGUCAAGGAGCUGGGCGUGGUCAUGUACAACUGCAGCUGUCUGGCCAAAGACCUGACCAAGAUCUUCGAGGCCUACUGGUACCUGGGCCAGGCGGGGAGCUCCAUCCCGCCAACCUGGCCCCCGUCCUAUGACACCCUCUACAAUCAAAAGGCACCGAUGAAUAUCUGCCUCAACGGCACCUCUGCUAAGGCCUACCUGGCGAGUGCGCCCCCACCGCUGUGUCCUAGUGGCCGCACCACAGACCUGGAGGCUCUGCUGGACGUGGUGGACAAUGCCCGGAGCUUCAUCUACAUCGCAGUCAUGAACUACCUGCCCACCAUGGAGUUCUCCCACCCGCGCAGGUUCUGGCCGGCCAUCGAUGACGGGCUGCGGCGGGCUGCCUAUGAGCGGGGCGUCAAGGUGCGCCUGCUGGUCAGCUGCUGGGGCCACUCGGACCCGUCCAUGCUGGCCUUCCUGCUCUCCCUGGCCGCCCUGCGCAAGAACCACACCCACUUUGACAUCAAGGUGAAAUUCUUUGUGGUCCCUGUGGACAAGGCCCAGGCCAAGAUCCCAUAUGCCCGAGUCAACCACAACAAGUACAUGGUGACCGAAAGUACCGCCUACAUCGGAACCUCCAACUGGUCUGGCAGUUACUUCACCGAGACGGCUGGCACCUCGCUGCUGGUGAGCGGGGAGAAUGGCCUGCGGAGCCAGCUGGAGGCUGUUUUCUUGAGGGACUGGGACUCCCUUUACAGCCACGACCUCAGUACCUCAGCUGCCAGCAUGGGCAACGCCUGUCGCCUGCUCUGA